CAGGUUUAUUAAGAUGGAAAGUUAAUGUCAAGUGGAUGAAGAAGAGUGGCGCCAUGAGAGGGAGGAUGCCAGGACCGGCACUGUAGUAACUUUGUGUCAGUCAGCUGCCACCACCACCACCCAGGGUAUGGUCACACGUCUUGCAGCUCUAUUGUCACAUUUCUCCGGCAUUCUCCGCUAUUCUACAAUGGCAGUUCAAGUUCCGUCAGUUACACUUAACAACGGCAAGAAGAUACCCAUUUUUGGCCUUGGCACUUGGAAGUCAAAGCCUGGAGAAGUAACACAAGCUGUCAAGGAUGCCAUUAAUUGUGGGUAUCGCCAUUUUGACUGUGCACUCGUUUAUGGUAAUGAGCCAGAAGUUGGUGCUGCUAUUAAGGCCAAAAUUGAUGAUGGAACUGUAAAGCGUGAAGAUCUCUUCAUUACUAGUAAGUUGUGGAACACCUUCCAUAGCAAGAAGUUAGUGAUCCCUUCUUUGAAGGAGUCUUUGACCAACUUGGGACUUGAUUACUUGGACUUGUACCUCAUCCACUGGCCCAUGGGCUAUAAAGAAGGAGGAGAAAAGUUCCCACAAGAUGCCAGUGGAAAAGUACUGUACAGUGAUGUUGACUAUGUUGACAGUUGGCUUGAAUUGGAAAAGGCUGUUUCUUUGGGUCUUGUCAAGUCCAUUGGUUUAUCCAACUUUAACAAGGAUCAGAUAGAACGUAUCCUUGAGCAUGGCAAGAUUGUUCCAGUAACCAACCAGGUUGAGUGUCAUCCUUACUUGAACCAGAAGAAAUUGAUUGAGUACUCCUUGUCAAAAAAUAUACAUAUCACUGCUUACAGUCCUCUAGGAUCUCCUGACAGGCCAUGGGCAAAGCCUGGUGAUCCACUGCUAUUGGAAGAUCCUAAGAUUGUAGCCAUAGCUCAAAAAUACAACAAAACACCUGCCCAGAUUCUCAUCCGCUAUCAGAUCCAACGCAAUGUCAUUGUCAUCCCCAAAUCUGUUACCAAGUCUAACAUAGAAUCUAACAUCCAGGUGUUUGACUUCAACAUAACUGAUGAAGGCAUGAAAAUCCUCGAUAGUUUUGAUUGCAAUGGUCGUUUUCUCCACCUCAAUGCGGUGAAGGAUCACAAAUACUGGCCAUUUAACACAGAGUUCUAAAGCAAGACACAUUGAAGAGAAAUCAGCAUACUGUUUUUCAUCAUAUUAAGGAAUUGUUAAAUAUGGAUAUUUGCAAAGGAUGCAGCAAAAACUAAUAGGUUUUAGUCAUAAAUAUUACAUGCAUUUCCAAAUUAUAUUAAGUUUUUCUUUAAUUUCAUAUUCUGUUGGUAAGAUAGUUUUAUAAUUUGUGGAAUAAGAGAAUGUACUUAUAAUCUGUUGAUAUUCAAGCUUUAUUUCCAGUAAAUAUUUUCAACAACA